GCGCUCCAAUUCUAUUGAAUCAGAAACAGUGUCUUCUGUUAGCCAACAUAAUAGUGGCCAAAUUGAAGAAGGGUCGGUCUCGGCGGGAUCGACACCGAAUACAUUUUCAUCGCGAACGUUCAACCGACUAUCUGGUCUUCUGAACCGAAUUCGGCAUGGCAGUAGUGGCAAAAGCAGUUCAAACAAGAAGCGGAAAAUUGAAAAGCAACAUAGGUUACAAGUAAGAUGGAUGAAUUAUGACCAAACUAAGAAAAAGUUUGUUACUGUUCGUCAAAAGAAUGGCGGUGGCAAUCGCUUAAUAACAUAUACUGAUGCAGAUCCACUAAAGAUGAAAGAGCUUGUGGAGAGGGCGUGUGCGUUAUUUUUCCCGGGUGGAAAGAACAGUUUUGCUGGUCAUAUAGACGAAAUGAACAAAUGGAUCUGUGACACAACGUGGGUGGCAAUUUUCGAUUUUCCUGGCAAAGAAACUGUGGAAGACUACCUGAAGAGUAAUGAAUUGUAUCCUUCCUCCACUUAUUUUUACCUACGCACCCAACCACGACAUCUUAUGGGUGAUGAAUUUGAAGACAGCAAUUACGUUGAGGUAAGUUCUGUCACAGUAUCAGUAACGGCAUGCACUACUAAAUCUGAUGAUAGGGAGGUGUGCAAUGUCUGUAGCUGUUCUUUUGAGAAAGGACAAAACUGUGUCCGUUGUGAGCAGGACCUCGAGUACCAGCAAAGUCUCAUGGCCGAUUCAGUUGACACUGAACAACCUGAAGAGUUUCAGCCCGAAAGCAUUCAUGCAAAUGAUCAGUUGACUUCCUUUAUUAGUCCAGUGUCUGUGCAUGAAAUGAGAGAGCUCCGUUUGGCCCAUUUUCAACGAGACACCUGUCAUCCAACUGUGCAAAGUCAAGAUAAUCAAGAUCAAAGGCUUGUUUCACCAAGUGAGGACGAAGUGUCCCCUAGCACUGUGGACGGGCCUUGUGGAGUGCUUGAAGAGGGAGGUUAUGUCCAAUUACCUACAGUUGGUAUGGCAAGAGAAUCAGCUGAAUGCAUAGUUUCAGAAAAUGGUGAAAUUGCCGGGCAGGGGCUUUCACUAACAGUUCAUCGUUCAUGUAUUUGUAAAGAUAUGAUUGAGCAUUUUAAAGAUGAGAAAAUGUUGCAAUCUGAGUUAGUGUUUACAAUUAUCAAUGAGAGGGGGCAAAAAGAAGAGGGUGUGGGUAUUGGAGUUUCAAGAGAAGCUUUCUCUUUAUUCUGGAAGGAGUUUGCAAAUAGCAUGACAAUAGGGGAAAGAGAAAGAGUACCCUUUGUGAGGCAUGAUCAUUUCAUUAAGAAGUGGGGAGCUAUUGGUCGAAUUUUGAUGAAGGGGUUUAGAUCAGUUUCCUACUUCCCUUUGUUCUUAUCAGAGGCUUUCAUGUGCUACUGCCUGUUUGAUGCAGAAGUUCCUGAAGGCAUUGUUCUUGAGUCUUUCAUGAAAUACUUGUCUCUUUUCGAAGAAGAGCUGGUUACAAAUUUUCUUGGAAAAGCUGACUUUGCAGAUGAAAAUGAUGAUUUGUUUGAUUUCCUAGAGAGAUUCAAUUGUAGGUCACAGGUCAGUCCAGAGAAUAUCAAGAAAGUGCUUGUAGAGAUUGCCAAUCAGGAGCUGUUACAGAAGCCUCAUGUCAUGGUUGCCACCUGGCACCCUAUUGUCCAAGGGCUGAAACAGUAUCCACAGUUUCAGACUAUUGCAGGUAUCCAAGGCUUUUAUGAUAGAAUUAAUCCAACAAACAAGAAAGUUCUUAAUUCACUUGAAGCACAGCCAAACACUGAAGCAGAAUGAGAUGCGCUAAAAUUUCUGCAAAGAUACAUACGAGGAUUACACAAUGCAAAACUAAUCCAGUUCUUAAGGUUCACAACAGCUUCUGAUGUCUUAAUUACCAACAAGAUUGAAGUCUCCUUUACCAGACUGGAAGGUGCUAGUUCCAGACCUAUAGCUCACACGUGUGGGCCGUAGCAAGAAAAAGCACGCUGCAGUUCCCGCUGUGGAAACCCGGGUAGCGGUACAAAAGUUCAAGCACAAGAGAGCCAUAAAUGAGCGGAAUGCUGCGGCAGCUAUUUAAAGUCUCCAGUAGAGGUGCAAUUAUCCUAGAUGAUGAUAAGGUGGAUGACUACAAUGCUGUCUACCAAAAAGGGUCUUUUGUUUUUCAGGGGAAUUUUUUUCCUCAGGGAUAAUAUCAUUGACAUGACUUACAAACUUGACAGCAAGAAUGCCAUUGUGUAUGCAAACACAGUGAGAUCCAUAUGUGGAGAUUUAAAGCAAAUAAAAAGGCGCAAAAAUAUUCUAUUUCAGCUUUUGCCUAUUCAGCAU